AUGUCUUGCAUCAACGUUGCAUACAAUGACCUGAUGGACCGGGCUGAGAGAAGCCAAACGCCAUUGCCCAACAGAGCGCUCUCAGAAACAGAGAGGACACUCUCAGGCCAGCUGUACUUCGUGCUGGUCAUGCUGCUGAGGAACCGGGCAUUGGACAUAGCCUACAACGCUGGAGUGUCAGAGGGCAUUGAGGCCUACAGGAGACUAUACCAGCAGUAUCACCCCAAGGUGGCGUCAAGGUUCGUGGGGAGUUUGUCCCUCAUCUUGGCCACUAAGUUUGGCACAGACAUCGAGGCCGAACUCGAGAGCUUCGACAAAACAGUGCGCCGGUACGAGAUGGAGUCGGGGAAAACCUUAGAUGAAGAAAUACUUUUGGGUAUAGUAAUUCAAGGGGUUCAGGACCAAUCAAUGAAAGAACAUCUCAUCAAGAAUGCCGCACGUCUCAAUACGUAUGAAGCUGUCAAGACUGAAUUGUUGGAGAUAGCUAGGACUAACCGUGUCCUGCAGUCCAUGCCGGUUGCAAUGGAAAUUGGUGCAACCGCCAACGCCAAAGGAAAAGGAGGUAAGAAAGGUGGUAAAAAGGGUGAUGGAAAGAAUUCCAAAGGUGACUCCAAAGGCAAGGGUAAAGGUACCCAACAAGCCCCACAAAAUCCAAACAAGGACAAAUCCUGUUUCUACUGUGGUAAGCAGGGGCAUCUCAAAUCAGAAUGCAGAAAACGUAUCAGUGAUGAAAAGAAUGCCCAAGGUAAAGGUAGCAGUAAGGGUAAGCCAAAGGCCAAGGCUAACCCCGGGAGCGGUAAGCCCCGCCCCAAUGCUGCAAGUCCUGAUGAUGAACCAGAACCGCUCAGCGCCUACCCUGAGGAGACGCUCAUUGCAGCUGCCGUCAACAAUGGCACGCAGGAGAUUUUGGUGGACACCGGGGCUGGAAGUCACUUGUUUGUAAAAGGGUUUGAUAGCCAUGCACGUUCAGUUUCAAAAGGGUCAAGCGUUGGUAUGGUUACGGUUACUGGUCAACCCUUAAUCACUGGGGAGUACAAGAAAAGCACCAUAAACACAGAUGCUGGGAAAUUCACGAUCGAAUACGCAGAGUCUGACAAGAUCAACUUCUCAGUGCUCAGUGCUGGCAAGGCGGCACAAAGAGGCACGUGGACUGUGAUUGGUCCAGACGCUCAGUUUCUUGUCCCCAGCAAAUCCAGUGAAUUCAUCAAAGCAGCAAUUGAGAAGACCCCCAACAAACUUGGGUUGGUAAAGAAAAGGGGCGUUUAUUGGUUGCCGGUUUCACUUGAAAAGGGUUCAACCGGUCAUGAUGACAAGCCCUUAGCAACCAUGGUAGAUAAAAGCCCUGGAGGGGUAGCGGGUAAUGCCGCAUCCCAAAGUGCGGGUAGCACCGCCAGCUGUGUGGGAAGCACCACCGGCCAGGAAGUGAUGGCAGCCAUCAGACCUGCCAAGAAAGCUGUUCCAGCGGAAGAGUUGGAGGAAGAGGCGCGAGAACCGGGUGCAGUUGGGGAAAUGGAAGUAGAGGACAGGCAACAGGUUGAACCCCCUCUCCCUGAACUUGGGGAACCGCCUGCUGAACCAUCUGAACCAGCAAGGCCAGUAAGAGCCAAGAAAAUCCCAGAUACGGUCACCAAAGCCGAGUAUGACAACCACAUGAUUACACACCUUCCUUUUAGAAAUUGGUGUGAGUUUUGUAUGGCUGGAAAAAUUCGUGAGGAUAGUCACCGUAGAAGAACUCCAGGAGACGACAAGGAAGUCCCCAGAGUUUCAAUGGACUAUUGCUUUUUGGGCAGAGUUCUUGACAACACCAAGUCUGAAGAGACAACGGUGGCUGAGUUGAAAGAGCCAACAGAAGAAGCAGAAGGAGUCAUGCCCGUUUUGGUAGUCACUGACGAAAGAACAGGCUGCGUUUUCAGCAGCGUUGUGCAAAAGGGAGUGAAUGAUCACGCCGUCAAUGUGGUAGUAGAAGCUUUGAAGUUUUGUGGUAGACAGAAAGCCAUCCUGCAAACAGAUGCCGAACACAGCAUCAAAGCACUUGCAGAGGCAUCAGCCGUGAAGUAUGGCAAAGAGGUGCAACACCAAACUGCGCCACGUGAAUCUCACGCGUCCAAUGGGGCCGCUGAAAGGGCGGUACUGGAGCUCUCGCGACAGGUGCGCACAAACGUGAACGCACUUGAAUCAAGGUACAAGGACUUCAAGCUGAAAGUUUCCAGUGUUUCAUACCCGUGGCUUGUACGCCAUUCAGCAUGGCAAUUGACCAGAUUCCUGGUGAAGGCAGAUGGGAAAACCCCAUAUGAACGACUCAAAGGUCGCGAAUACAAAGGUGAAGUUGUAGAGCCAUUUGAAACUGUGCACUACAAACUUGCGCAAGACGCCAAAGGCAAGCUGGACGCUCAGAGCGCCAUUGGCAUUUGGGUUGGAAAAUCCCUGCAAUCCGACGAACACUAUGUCGGAACAGCAGACGGCAUCCGUCGCUGCAGAAGUGCAUGGCGCAGGCCAGAAGGGCGACGAUGGGAGCUGAAAAGAUUCGAGGCUCUCAAGGGCGUUCCGUGGCAACCCAAAGGCGAGCCAACCUUGCUGCCAGGAGCCCCAGGCACACCAAGGAUUGCAGCGCCAGGAACACCAAGCGGACGCGCCCGAGGAGUGUACAUCACAGUGGAACGGCAGAUUCGCCAUGGAUCCACAGAAGGAUGCCCAGGCUGCCACAGCUCAGACGACAACCCAAAGCCACACAAUGCAACAUGCCGAGCAAGAUUCGAAAAGAUCAUCGCCGAAGAGCGAGCGAAGGCACAACAAGGCGAAGGAAGUGCCAGCGCGCAAGUUGAAGACUUGGAAGCGCCAGCGGCCGACAAUUCCUCGUCAUUGUAUCGCGACAAGCGAGAGGCAGCGGGAACCGCCGCGCCUCAGGGAGUUGCGGGAGACUCCGCACUCUCAAUCGCACCAAGGAUCGCGGGAAGACCCGCAUCCUCAGCUGAUCCUGCGGGAAGCACCGCGGCUUCAGCAAGUGCCAAAAGACCCACAGAGGGCACACAAGAAGCCCAAAAGAGGCUGAAGGCACCAGAUCCAAAGGGAAGCAAACGAGACCCUGAGGUCAGUGUCCAAGAGCUGCAAGACGCAGAAGACAUCUCAACAUUGCUGCUACAGCAAGACGAAAGCACGCAUGCAGAAGAGAAAGGCACUUUGCCUACACUCCAUGACGUGCCACUCGCAGCAAUUUUUGAGGAUUCCCUCCUCGCCGGAUACCCAGAGUGGGGAAAUGUGACAUCAGCUUUCGACGAGAGAUCAGGCGAAGCGCUGCCUCUUGAAAAGGUCAAGACCGCUAGGGGCAGAGAGCUAGACAAGAUGAUCGAGCACAACGUCAAAACUGACAUUACGUGGGAGGAGGCCAGACGAAGGGGAUUGAAGAUAGUCCGUAGUCGCUGGGUCGACGGAUGGAAAACCAUCGACGGAGAUCCACGAGGUGUGAGGUCCAGAUGUGUAGCCCAAGAGGUGAACACAGGUCCUAGAGAGGACGUACACUCUGGAACCCCACCGCUGAAAGCUCACAGGAUGAUUUUGUCCUGUGCGGCAACCAAACGCAAAGGACAACAUCAGCACGACAAGCUGAUCGGACGUUACGACGUCAGUGUGGCAUUCUUCCAUGCCACAUCCACCGGCAAAAUCGCCGUGGUACCGCCGGAUGAUCUCAACGAUCAAAGACACCUAUGGUAUCUCAACAAGGCAAUGAAUGGAACUCGCGAAGCGAGUCGCCAAUGGUCCGAGUUUGUAGACGGAACUGUGACCAGGAAAGGCGGAUUCAGCAAUGUGCCAGGAGUCCCCGGAGUGUUUUAUCACAAGGAGUGGCAAGUCACAAUGAGUUGUCAUGGGGACGACUUUCUGGCCGAAGGCCGAGCGGAAGAUCUCGACAAAUUGGAUGAGUUCAUGCUGCAACAUUUUGAAAUCAAAGUGUUGCCGCGAAUCGGCAAUCCUGAGCACAGAGGUCAGUGCUUGGAAGGAGACCAUCUGCGCAGAGCAAUCAGGUGGACAAAAGAAGGGUUCACUUGGGAAGCAGAUCGCAAAUACGUCAAGCUUUUGACAAAAGAGCUUGGGCUGGAAGGAGCAAAAGGAGUUGACACUCCGAGCUCAAAACUGACAGGUGCUGGCUGCAGAACCAGCGACAAGCCGCUAGACGCAGCGGAAGCCUCAAGAUUCAGACAUCUUGCAGGGACAGCUCUUUACUUGAGCUUGGGUAGACCUUCUAUCCAGUACGCGUUGUCAGAAAUCACUGCCGGAAUGGCAAAGCCGUGUGAAAUCCACAUGUUGCGACUCAAAAGACUUGGUCGCUACUUGUUGAAGUUUCCGACGGAGACUUGGCUUUUCGCCUUACAAGAAGAACCUGAAGAGUUCCAGGUUUACACAGAUUCUGAUUGGGCAUCAGAUGCAGUCACGCGCAGAUCAAUGUCCUGCCACAUGGAGCGAUUUGGUGAGCAUCUGCUAGACAGUGGAUGCGCCAAACAGUCAACAGUGGCACUUUCGUCAGGAGAAGCAGAGUACUACUCCUUGACAAGAGGAGCUGCAAUCGGACUGCUGACCAAGCACAUCUUACAAUGUGUAGGGUUCAAUCGAGUCAAACAGGUCAUGCUGACCGACUCGACAGCAGCGAAAGGCAUCGCCCAACGUUCGGGCACAGGAAAGGUCAAACACCUUAGCAUCCGUGAGUUAUGGUUGCAAGAGAAAGUCCGUGCAAGAGAACUAGCUGUGCGGAAAGAAAGCACAACAACGAACUGGGCUGAUUUGGGCACGAAGUCUCUAACAGGCCCAAGAAUCAGCGAACUGGUUCAAAUUAUGCCACUCUGCAGGAGAGGCAUUGUUGUAGCAUGCCUGCUGUGUAUGAUGAACUGCGCAGCAGCACAGCCAGAGGAUGAAGAGAAGGACUCAAGCAUCUUUAGCUUUGUGCUCUAUAUGUUUGUGGUCCACAUCCUUGCACUAUACGGGCUGUUUUCAGCCGUGAGAAGAAGGUUCAUGGAAGAAGAAAUCUGCGAAAAGAUGAUUCAAACAGAUGAGAUCAGGGCAGACAACAGAACUACGCAGACAUCCACUGCGCAGAGCACCGCAAGUUCUUCAACAUCCAUGCCAGACACCAACGGCCUGCCUGGCAUGCUUCCCUUGGCAAUUGGCAUGCGCGUUGCCCUCACCCACAAGCUGGACGAGUCGCCGGAGAAGCGCCUUCUCAUGCACAGCGUUUGCCGCGUGCACUACUGGGUGUGGGAGGAAUUUGCGCAGCAGAGUCUGACUCGCUGUGCUGAGUUGCAGAGUGCUUUCACUCGCACUUCUGUUGGCAGAGUCCACGCAGACAUCACCCACAUUCACACGAUGCUUGAAGAGCAAAAGAAGAGCCUCCCUGAAGGCCACAACAUGACUUCGGCCAUCGCCAACCAAGCUGCUGGCGUGCUGCAGAUGCUUCGCAAUUUGACAGAUUUGAAUCAUCAACAGAGCAUGCAGAUGCAGCGCCUGGUCCUUGCAGGCCCAUGGACUGGACAGCAAAAAGGUGAGUUUGCUCACCAGCCACCACUCAACUGGAGCUUUGAGCAGCAGCCCUCGGCCACUGGAGAAAAGUUGGAAGCCUAUCAUGGCGGCAGGAAUUGCCGCUGGUAUGACAAUGCAAACUCACGAAAGACUUCAUACUUAGAGUCUUAG